GGGCCAUAGAUUCCAUUGAAAGCCGGAAAGACCCAGUCCAUCUCCUGUCCGGAAUGGUGCCCUAUUCUGUUUUGUUUCAUCCGAGUUCAAAAACAGAGCACUCAGAAUAACAGAAGUUCCUCUUCCCCCGGUUUUGUGAUUAGGGCUUCGAAUUAUUCCUGAGAUUUAGGUGAUGAAGGAAGUGGAGGAGGUGCAGGGACGCAACCGAAAGCGGAAAAGGGGAAGACGUCACAAGCAUUCUCAAGCUGUGAAAUCGUUUACGCCGACGGAGACGCCGACAAAUAAUAUCGUCAACAAAGAAGAUAAUGAACAAUCUGCUUCUUCUGCUAAGCUCAAAAACUCCUCCACUUUUCUCGAUAAGAUGAGAGCUAGGUUGUCAGGAGGCCAUUUUCGUAUGAUUAACGAGAAGCUCUACACUUGCAGUGGAGAUCAAGCGCUUAACUAUUUUAAAGAAGACACAUCAUUGUUUAACGUGUAUCAUGCAGGAUAUCAAGAGCAAAUGGCACAUUGGCCUGAGCAACCGGUUAACAUUAUUAUAAAAUGGCUAAAGAAUCACAGCCCUUCUUUAAUUGUGGCUGAUUUUGGCUGUGGGGAUGCACGACUUGCAAGAAAUGUGAAGAAUAAAGUUUUCUCUUUUGAUCUUGUUGCAAACGAUCCAUCAGUGAUUGCUUGUGAUAUGUCAAAUACGCCCCUUGAUUCUUUAUCUAUAGAUGUUGCUGUCUUCUGCCUUUCACUGAUGGGGACUAACUUCUCAAAUUACCUUCAGGAAGCACACAGAGUUCUUAAGCCAUGUGGCUGGCUCUUGAUUGCUGAAGUAAAGAGCCGGUUUGAUCCCAAAUCUGGAGGAGCAGACCCAGAUAGGUUUUCAAAAGCUGUCUGUGAACUAGGAUUUAUGUCUGUAUCAAAGGACAUCUCAAAUAAAAUGUUCAUAUUAUUGUACUUCAAGAAAAAGGAGAAGGAAAGCUUGAAAAGGAAGGAAAUAGAAUGGCCUGAGCUGAAACCUUGUUUGUACAAGCGUCGCUGAAGAUCUCAAAGAAACACUUCCAUUUUACAGUUAAAGGGCCCAACUCAUCUGCUUGCUCCAUUAUAAUAGUGCACAAUGUGAGAAUUGUCAUGAUGCCUCUGCUUUGGGAUAUAAUUUACGACAUUAUCUACAUGGAUCUGCAGUUAUUGUAUUAGAUUUCAUCCAAAAGCCGUGACUCCAUUAUAAUGUUAAGAAUCUCCAUGACUAUUGACAUUCAGGUGUUUUUUGCAUUCAACUCUAUGAAUAAUGGCCCAGCAUGUUUUUAUGCAGUGGAGGGGGUGGUUAUUAAAUCUGUCCCUUGGGCGCAUAACAAAAUAAAAGUUGCUCCUGCUACUGAACCGAGAGCCUUGAAGGUGGUAUCAUCUAGUUCAGUUUUUCACAUACGCCACGCUGUAGGUGUCCCAGAACAAAUUAGACUGAUGGUAAUAUGGACUUCUCUCUCCAGUAUAAAAUUUUGGACUGGGAUGGAGGCUGAUGGAUUGUUGUGGUUUCUGCACUCUCAGGGGAGUUUUCUUGGUCUUAUGGUCUUAUUUGCAGGACCGAAAGGGAAAGACUUAUUUUGAUUUUUGGGGAUAAAAAUUGGCACGGCAAGUGACCAUCUGGCAGGUGUAGAGAGUUCAAAAUUGUGGUCUUGAUUAGCUGUUAAAACAACCCAGACUGAGUUAUUGAGCUCCAAUAUUAGUCAUCUAAAUCUUGGAUUUUUUCUGAUCUUUUUUAUUAUUAUCUCUAUGUAUAUAUAACAAACAACAUAGGGGACAGAGAGAGCUUGA